AUGGAUCCCGAAAAGAACAAGACCGCAACCGCUCCUUCUGAAGAUGAAGAAUACAGCGAAGACGAAGUUCGCCAGCGCUCGAGAUCGAGAAGACGAGGUCCGCGUCGAAACCGAGGUCGUCAAGGCCAAAGCCAAGCAUUGCAACCUGUGGGAGAGCUCGGAAAUCAAGUUGGUCAAGUUACAGGUCAGGUUUCAGACACAUUGAGUGGCGCCACUGGUGCUGUUAGCGGUGUUGCCAAAGGUUUGACUGGUGGUGAAGGUGGUUCGAAGAAGGACACAUUGAGAUUGAGGCUCGAUCUCAACUUGGAUGUUGAGGUUACUCUUAAAGCCAGAAUCCAUGGUGAUCUUGAACUGGCUCUGCUGUAUGUUCAAUUCCCCUCUUCCCGAUUAUACCCCUCGUAUCCCCGUUACUUGAUGAUAAGACGGGUUCUUAAAUCUUUCAUUGGAAUAUUACAGUACCUAACGACUGAGGUCUGUCACACAGACAAUAAAUCCACCUUUCUAUCGGUUAAACGGCAUCGGAGUAUCGUCUAUAGUACAGUCUUAGCGCCACGGGGUUAUUUGCCUCCAAAUGCGUAG